AGUUGCUGCUGCGGCAACGGGAGGAGGAGCAGAAGCCGCGGAAGAAGAGAGCUAGCAGUGGUAGCUAGUACAGCGGAGGUUUGGGAUUCGGUUUUUACCUUUUUACUCUGACUUGCACAUACAGAGCUCCCUGAAACAGAGCGGGGUUGGGAAAAUAAAGUGAAAAUGGCGGCCGCGGCCUCGCCGGGCUCCUGCUCGUCCACCUCCUCAGACUGGGUUGUGCUGAGAGACGGUUGCCUGCGUUGCGACGAGGAGGGCCUGCGAAGCCUCUCCUACCAUCCGGCCCUCAACGCUAUCCUGGCCGUCACAAGCCGGGGGAGUAUUAAAGUAAUCGACGGCACUUCUGGUGCCAUACUGCAGGCCUCGGCUUUGCACGCUAAACCCGGGGGACGCGUCAGGUGUCAGUACUUCCCGGCGGUGGACAAGGUCCUGUUUGUGGAUGACUACGCGGUGGGAUGCCGGAAGGACCUGAAUGGCAUACUGCUUCUGGACACGGCGCUCCAAGCCCCGGUCUCCAAACCGGAGGACAUGGUCCAGCUGGAGCUGCCAGUUACCGAGGCCCAGCAGAUUCUCUCAGCAUGCCUGGAGAAAGUGGACGUGUCCAACACCGAGGGAUACGACCUGUUCCUCACCCAGCUCAAAGAGGGUCUGAAGAAUACCUCACACGAGACGGCCGCCAACCACAAAGUGGCCAAGUGGGCGACGGUGACUUUCCAUCUCCCGCACCACGUGAUCAAGGUGGUGGCCAGUGCCAUCGUGAACGAGCUGAAGAAGAUAAACCAGAACGUCGCUGCCUUGUCUGUGGCCUCGUCCAUCAUGGACAGGCUCUCCUACCUCUUACCGAGUGCCCGGCCUGAGUUGGGGGUGGGACCCGGACGCUCUGUAGAUAGAUCCUUGAUGUACAGUGAGGCAAACAGGAGAGAGACGUUCACAUCCUGGCCGCACGCGGGCUACCGCUGGGCGCAGCCGGACCCCAUGGCCCAGGCGGGCUUCUACCACCAGCCUGCCUCCACGGGCGAUGACCGGGCCAUGUGUUUCACCUGUAGUGUGUGCCUGGUGUGUUGGGAGCCCACUGAUGAGCCAUGGUCGGAGCACGAGCGACAUUCCCCCAACUGUCCAUUUGUCAAGGGCGAGCACACGCAGAACGUUCCGCUGUCAGUAACCCUGGCGACCAGCCCGGCACAGUUCCCCAGUCCGGACGGCUCGGACAAGAUUGCCUGCUACGGCUUCGGCAGCUGCCCGCACUUCCUGGCUGCCGCCACCAAGAGGGGCAAGAUCUGCAUAUGGGACGUGUCCAAGCUGAUGAAGGUGCACUUGAAGUUCGAGAUCAACCCGUACGACCCGGUGAUCCUGCGGCAGCUCUUCCUGUCCAGCAGCGAGCAGGGCCUGGGCACCGAGUCCCGGAGGCCCACUCUGGCCUGGCUGGAGGACUCGUCCAGCUGCUCCGACCUGCCAAAACUUGAGGGGGACAGUGAUGAUCAGUUGGAGGACUCAGACAGUGAAGAGCAUUCCAGAUCGGAGUCAGUCACAGGUCACCCGUCUCAGAAGGAGAGCCUUGAGGUGAGCCUGGGCGUGACGGCGCUGAGCGUGCUGCAGCAGCCGGAGAAGCUGCAGUGGGAGGUGGUGGCCAGCGUGCUGGAGGACACCGUCAAGGACCUGGAGGAGCUGGGGGCCAACCCGGCGCUGGCUCAGGCCAAGGCCGACAAGGCCAAGGAGAAGCCGGCCGAGCAGCACAACAUUCCCUUCCCCUGCCUGCUGACGGGCGGCCUGCUCAGCUACCGCUCCGCCGCCAGCUCGCCGCUCCCCGGGGCGCCGUCCGCGGCCCCCGCCCGCCGGCCCCCGCCCCCCUCCUCCUGCGCCGCCGUCGACGGACCCUUACGGACUCAGGUGCCCGAGGCCGCCCCGCUGGUGCUCGUGGCCCCCGACCAGGGCCCCAUGGAGAUCGAGACCUGCCACCCGGCCCCCGAGCUGGGCUCGCCCAGCCUCCCGGUCUCGCCCAUCCGCCGGACUAUCCCUGUGCUGCUCCUGUACAGCAUCAAGGAGGCGGACGAGAAGGCCAACGGCAAGGUGUUUGCGCAGAUGAACAACCUGAUGGGCAAGAGCCUGCACGAGGAGGGCUUCAGCGUGCCGCAGAUCAUCGAGAUGGAGUUCGACUCGCACGAGCAGCUGCUGCUGCAGGACCCGCCCAUCACCUACAUCCAGCAGUUCGCCGACGCCACCGCCCCGUGGCCGCCCACCGGCAGCGUGGGGGGCAACAGCGGCAUCGGGCCGGCCGACGCGCCCGAGAAGUGGGGCCCGCUGGCGCCGCCGCGGCCCGGCGCCCUGGUCCAGUGCCUGCGGCUGCCCAAGGAGCUGGAGGACGAGAACCUGUACGUGGACUCCAUCACGCCGUGCAGCGACGGCCUGCACCUGCUGGUGGGCCUGCAGCCGUGCUCGGUGGAGUCGCUCAGCGCCAUCAACCAGGUGGAGGCGCUCAACAACCUCAACCGCCUGCACUCGGCCCUCUGCAGCCGCGGGCGCAAGGACGAGCUCCAGGCGCUGCCCACGCUGGCCAACGGGCUCGAGGGCGGCCACGCGCCGGGCACCUCGCCCCAGCAGACGCCCCUCAUCCUGCCCCCCGACCAGCAGCUGCAGCAGCAGCAGCCCUCGUCCCGGGCGUUCGGGGGCAGCACGGGCAGCGGCGGCGGCGGCUACCUGGUGCUGUACAAGCUCAACUACUCCACGCGCAUCGUGACGCUGGAGGAGGAGCCGGUCAAGGUGCAGCACAUCCGCGACCCGCGCGACGCCGUCACCUCGCUCAUCCUGCUGCCCGCCGACGUGCUGGACGGCCGCGAGGAGGACGGCGAGGACGCCUCGGAGGACACCCCGCCGCCCGGCCUCAAGAACGGCCCCGCGGCCGGCCCCAACGCCGCCUCUUCCGCCGCCGGACCCGCUGGUGGCGCUGGCAGUGCCGCCCACGGCACCAACGCCUCCACGCCCGCGCCGUCCACGGCCAAGGAGAAGCUGGUGGUGACCACGCAGGCCGGCUACAUCAUGGUGCUGGACCUGGCCACGCUCGAGGUGCUGGCCAAGGUCGAGCCGCCCAUCAAAGAGGGCGGCGACGAGGUGGACCCCUUUGUCUCAGUCACCUACUGCUCGGGAACUGACCGUCUGUGCGCCUGCACGAAAGGUGGAGAACUUCAUUUCCUUCAAAUUGGAGGUGUGUUUGACGAUAUAGAUGACGCCGACAUUUUUGUUGACGGCCCCCUUUCUAAAGGGGUCGAUCAGCUGUUUGAAGGGACGAAGCCGUCCUCGAACCCCUCAAGCCCAGGGAUCACAGCGGGUGUCGACCUCCUGGUGGACCAAGCGCUGGGCGUGGAGAUGCUGUCGUCGCUGGUGGAGCUGACGCGCUUCGAGACGCUGACGCCGCGCUUCUCGGCCACGGUGCCGCCCUGCUGGGUGGAGGUGCAGCAGGAGCAGCAGCAGCGACGCCACCCGCAGCACCUGCACCAGCAGCACCACGGCGACGCCGCGCAGCACACGCGCACAUGGAAGCUGCAGAGCGACAGCUCCAGCUGGGAUGAGCACGUGUUUGAGCUGGUGCUGCCCAAAGCCUGCAUGGUGGGCCACGUGGACUUCAAGUUUGUGAUGAACGCCAACAUUACCAACAUUCCACAGAUCCAGGUCACCCUGCUGAAGAACAAGGCCCCAGGAUUAGGCAAGGUCAACGAGACAGCAGUGGACAGGCAGAUCACGUUCCCCCUGUCUCAGGCCCUGCACACCAACGGCGAGAGGAAUGGCCAGCCUCUCCUACAUGACUUUGCAGAGGACAUUCAGUUCAUGGAUAUUGAGGAAUCACCAGGUUCCAGACUCUGUCCCUUUCUCGAGGACCAUAAGGAGGACAUCCUCUGCGGCCCCGUGUGGUUGGCCAGUGGCCUCGACCUCUCAGGACACGCCGGGAUGUUGAGCUUAACAAGUCCCAAGUUGGUCAAAGGUAUGGCGGGGGGGAAGUACCGCUCGUUCUUGGUCCACAUCAAGGCGGUGAGCGACAAGGGCAUGGAGGAGAGCCCACGGCCGGUGGUCAGGAUGCCCUCCAAGCCUCAGAGCAGUAAAGCCCAGUCCCUGUCCUCCCUGCUGCAGCGGGCCCAGGCCUCCAAGGAAAAAGCCUCCACAUCUAAAGUGGAGCCUCCACCAGCAUCAAAGAAACCAGAUAACCUGCGCGGCUGUGACCUCCUGCAGGAAGUGUCAAUCACAAUCCGGAGGUUCAAAAAGACCUCCAUACCCAAAGAAAGAAUCCAGCGCUGUGCCAUGCUGCAGUUCCCAGAAUUCCAUGAGAAGCUGCUCAACGGCUUGUGUAAACGCUCGGACGAGACGGCCAGCACUGAGCACGCCCAGAGUCUCAUUCUGGAUAUCCUCUGCUGGCUGGCUGGGGUCUACUCUAACGGACCCUGCAGCCCUGACCUCUGCGUGUCCAGUCCCAGAGAGGGCAAGGAGGGCCUCCUCACCAAGACUAGGAAGCGGCUCAUAGACAUGGUCCGAGUCUGCUUCUUCCAGGCGGGCCGAAGCAUAGCCCACAAAUGCGCACGUUUUCUUGCACUUUGUAUUAGUAAUGGGAAAGGAGACCCUGGACAGCAGGGAUUUGGCAUGGCUCUGUUGAAGGCGCUGCUGGAGAAUAUGCCUUACUUACCCGCAGCAGCUACUGGUGGUGCAGUGUUCUGGUACUUUGUGCUGCUGAACUACGUAAAGGACGAGGACCUGGCGGGCUGCAGCACGGCGUGCGCCUCCCUGCUCACGGCCGUCUCUCGGCAGCUGCAGGACCGCCUCACCCCCCUGGAGGCUCUGCUGCAGACCCGGUAUGGGCUGUACAGCUCCCCCUUCGACCCUGUGCUCUUUGACCUGGAGGUGAGCGGCUCGUCCUGUAAGAAUGCCUUCAACAGCAGCAUCGGAGUCCAGUCUGACGAGAUCGACCUGUCCGACAUUCUCUCAGGGAACGGUAAGGUGAGCAACUGUGCGGCCGCUGAGGGCAGCUUCACGGCCCUGACCGGCCUCCUAGAGGUGGAGCCUCUGCACUUCACCUGCGUCUCCACGAGCGACGGUACCCGGGUGGAGAGGGACGACGCCAGCAUGUUCACCGUGAGCACGUUCGGGGUGACCCCCACGGUGGGCGGCCUGUCGGCGGGGUCGGUCGGCGAGGCGUCGACGGCGCUGAGCUCGGCGGCCCAAGUGGCGCUGCAGUCGCUGUCCCACGCCAUGGUGUCGGCCGAGCAGCAGCUCCAGGUCCUGCAGGAGAAGCAGCAGCAGCUGCUCAAGCUGCAGCAACAGCAGAAAGCCAAGCUGGAGGCCAAGCUGCACCAGACCACCUCGGCGGCGGCGGCCGCGUCCGGCGUGGGGCCCAUCCACAACUCGGUGCCUUCCAACCCCUCGGGCUCGGCCUCCAGCGCGCCGGGCUUCUUCAUCCACCCCUCCGACGUCAUCCCGCCCACGCCAAAGACCACGCCGCUCUUCAUGACGCCGCCGCUGACGCCGCCCAACGAGGCCGUGUCGGCGGCCAUCAGCGUGGAGCUGGCCCAGCUCUUCCCCGGCUCCAUCAUGGACCCGCCCGCCGUCAACCUCGCCGCGCACAACAAGAACUCCCAGAAGGCCAAGCCGCAUCCUAUGGGCAGUGGGCUGGCGCUAGCCAUCUCUCAGGCCUCCCACUUUCUGCAGCCUCCGCCUCACCAGUCCAUCAUCAUAGAGCGCAUGCACUCAGGUGCGCGGAGGUUUGUGACGCUGGACUUCGGUCGGCCAGUGCUCCUGACGGACGCACUGAUCCCCACCUGCGGGGACCUGGCUUCGCUGUCCAUCGACAUCUGGACGCUGGGCGAGGAGGUGGAUGGCCGGCGGCUGGUUGUGGCUACCGACAUCAGCACACACUCCCUCAUCCUUCACGACCUGCUGCCCCCGCCUGUCUGCCGCUUCAUGAAGAUCACUGUGAUUGGCCGCUACGGCAGCACCAACGCGAGGGCCAAGAUCCCGCUGGGCUUCUACUACGGCCACACCUACAUCCUGCCGUGGGAGAGCGAGCUGAAGCUGAUGCACGACCCCCUGCGGGGCGAGAGCGAGGCGGCCAGCCAGCCCGACGUGGACCAGCACCUGGCCAUGAUGGUGGCCCUGCAGGAGGACAUCCAGUGCAGGUACAACCUGGCCUGCCACCGCCUGGAGACUCUGCUGCAGAGCAUCGACCUGCCGCCGCUCAACAGCGCCAACAACGCCCAGUACUUCCUGCGCAAGCCCGACAAGGCGGUGGAGGAGGACCAGCGCGUCUUCUCGGCCUACCAGGACUGCGUGCAGCUGCAGCUGCAGCUCAACCUGGCGCACCACGCCGUGCAGCGGCUGCGCGUCUCCCUCGGCGCCGGACGCAAGACGCUGCCCGACGCCUGCGACACGCGCGAGCUCGUCCACGGCUCGUCCACCGAGCAGCUGCGCACGGUCAUCCGCUACCUGCUGGACACACUCCUCAGCCUGCUGCACACCUCCAACGGUCACUCGGUUCCCUCGGUUCUGCAGAGCACGUUCCACGCGCAGGCGUGCGAGGAGCUGUUCAAGCACCUGUGCAUCAGCGGCACGCCCAAGAUCCGCCUGCACACGGGGCUGCUGCUGGUGCAGCUGUGUGGGGGGGAGCGCUGGUGGGGCCAGUUCCUCUCCAACGUGCUGCAGGAGCUCUACAACUCCGAGCAGCUGCUCAUCUUCCCCCAGGACAGGGUGUUCAUGCUCCUGUCCUGUAUCGGCCAAAGAUCUCUGAGCAACAGCGGCGUCCUGGAGGGGCUCCUCAACCUGCUGGACUCGCUGCUCUCCCCCCUGCAGCAGUCCUCGGGCCACCAGCCCCGACGCACAGAAGGUGUGCUGGAUAUCCCCAUGAUCAGCUGGGUGGUGAUGCUGGUGUCCAGGCUGCUGGACUACGUGGCCAGCGUUGAGGACGAGGCCAGCGCCUCCAAGAAGCAGCUGGGAGGGAAGGACCGGGAGAGGUCAUUCACAGGAAACCAGUGGAGCUUCAUCAACAACAGCCUGCAGUCCCAGAACAUGAGCCGAUCAACCAAAGGCAACAGCAGCUUAGACCGCCUGUACUCCCGCAAGGUCCGCAAACAGCUGGUCCACACCAAACAGCAGUUAAAUUUGUUGAAAGCCAAACAGAAAGCUUUGAUGGAGCAAAUCGAGAAGGAGAAGAUCCAGAGCAACAAGAGCUCCUCGUACAAGCUCCUGGUCGAGCACGCCAAGCUCAAGCAAGCCACGUCUAAGCACUUUAAGGAUCUGAUCCGCUUGCGCCGGACGGCCGAGUGGCCGCGCUCCUCCCUGGACACGGAGGCGGCGGCGGCGGCGGCCGCCAAGGAGGCGCCCGAGGUGGAGCUGCUGCCCUUCACGCUGGCGCACGAGCGCUGCAUCUCCGUGGUGCAGAAGCUGGCGCUCUUCCUGCUCUCCAUGGACUUCACCUGCCACGCCGACCUGCUGCUGUUCGUCUGCAAGGUGUUGGCGAGGAUAGCGAACGCCACGCGGCCCACCAUCCACCUGUGCGAGGUGGUGUCGGAGCAGCAGCUGGAGCGGCUGCUGCUGCUGCUGGUGGGCACGGACUUCAACCGCGGGGACAUCUCCUGGGGCGGAGCCUGGGCCCAGUACUCCCUCACCUGCAUGCUGCAGGACAUCCUAGCAGGAGAGCUUCUGUCCCCCGUGUCCCUGGAGGGCAUGGACGACGGGGCGGCCAUGGGGGAGGAGGCGGGCGCGGCGGCGGCGUGUGGCGGCGCGGCGGCGGCGUGCGCGGGAGCCUCGGCCGAGCCCGAGGAGGCCCUGGCCCAGCCCUCGCCCCUCCCCCUGGUGGAGAGCAUUGACGAGGCCCUGGCACCCGAUAUCAUCGCAGGUACUCCCGGGAGCUCGUCCUCGGUUUUCCAAAGUGCUCCACCUCUGUCAUCUUUGGAAAAAGAUAAAGACAUAGACUUUGACUUGCUACAAGACCUCAUGGAUGUUGAUAUUGAUCCUUUAGAUAUUGAUUUGGAAAAAGACCCCCUCGCCGCCAAAGUUUUUAAGCCAAUUGGCAGCACCUGGUAUGACUACUGGGGCGCUGACUAUGGCACCUAUAACUAUAACGCCUAUGUAGGGGGCGCAGGGAUACCUGUGUCCAAGCCUCCGGCUCCCGCUGAGAAGCCCGGGGCCCAAAGCCUGUCCGUGUCUGUCUCACAAGCUCUAGAUGCGCGUCUAGAGGUGGGACUGGAGCAGCAGGCGGAGCUCAUGCUGAAGAUGAUGGCCACUCUGGAGGCCGACUCCAUCCUGCAGGCCCUCACCUCCACCUCCCCUGCCGUGGUCCAGUCCUCGAAUGGGACGGACGACUCGUUGCUGCGGGGGCUGCACAGCUCCCCACCUGGCAGCAGUCUCAUGGUGCAGCCUUCCUCCAUCCCCAUGCUGAGUGCCUGCUUCAACAAGCUCUUCUCCAUGCUGCAGGUGCACCAUGUCCAGCUGGAGUCUCUGCUGCAGCUCUGGCUGACCCUGAGCCUAAACUCGUGUCCGGGCGCCGCGGACGACACCGGCUCCGACAUCUUCCUGUUCAACGCCAGCCGGGUGCCCACCAUUCCCCUCAACCAAGCCUCCAUUAGUAGUUUCCUCACAGUGCUAGCCUGGUAUCCCAACACCUCCCUGAGGACCUGGUGUCUGGUGCUGCACAGCCUCACGCUCAUGACCAACAUGCCCUCCAGUGCCUCCAGCAGUGGGAUGGGCGGCCACGAUAGCACGGCCCAGCAGAUGGUGUCGGAGCUCACGCUCGUCCCCGUCCUCGUGCGCUUCCUGUCGGGGAGCAACCCUCACGGCACCAGCCAGCACAGCUCCCAGGUGGGGCCCACUGCUACCCAAGCUAUGCAAGAGUUCCUGACCAGGCUCCAAGUGCACCUUUCCUCCACGUGUCCCCAAAUGUUCAGCGAGUUCCUGCUUGAGCUGAUGCACAUUCUAUCUAUGGAGAGGGGACCCUUCCUGUCUGGCCAGGGUCCGCUGGACGCCCAGGUCAAGCUCCUGGAGUUCACCCUGGAGCAGAGCUUUGAGUCGGUGUCCGUGGGCACCAUCAUGGCCGUCAUCGAGUCCAUCACCUUCCUGGUGCACCACUACAUCACCUGCUCCGACAAGGUGGUGUCGCGCAGCGGCUCGGACAGCUCGGUGGGCGCGCGCGCCUGCUUCGGCGGCCUCUUCGCCAACAUCAUCCGGCCCGGCGACGCCAAGGCCGUGUGCGGCGAGACCACGCGCGACCAGCUCAUGUUCAACCUGCUCAAGCUGGUCAACACGCUGGUCAAGCUGCCGCUCACCGCCGACGGCAAGUUCAGCGGCCGCGCGCAGCCCGCGGGCAACGGCUCCAGCGACAGCGUCUCGGACGAGGAGAAGGUGUGCGGCAGCAAGGAGGGCGCCGGCCCGGGCGGAGCCGCCCCACACCAGGGCCCCGCCGUCGGGGUGGCAGACCUGGUCCUGGGCAACCAGCAGGUCAUGAGCCAGAUCCUCUCGGCUCUGGGCCAGUGCAACAGCAGCGCUAUGGCCAUGAUUAUAGGAGCGAGUGGCCUCCACCUGACCAAGCACGAGAACUUCCACGGCGGUCUGGACGCCAUCUCCGUGGGCGACGGCCUCUUCACCAUCCUCACCACCCUGAGCAAGCGGGCCACCUCCGUGCAGGUCAUGCUGCAGCCCAUCCUCACCUACAUGGCCUGCGGCUACAUGGGCCGACAGGGCUCUCUGUCCACUUGCCAGCUGUCUGAGCCUCUGCUUUGGUUCAUCCUGAGGGUGUUGGACACCAGCGAAGCACUCAAGGCCUUCCAUGACAUGGGUGGAGUGCAGCUCAUCUGCAACAACAUGGUGACGAGCACGCGGGCCAUCGUCAACACGGCGCGCAGCAUGGUCUCCACCAUCAUGAAGUUCCUGGACUCCGGCCCCGGCAAGACGGCCGACGGCAGCCUCAAGGCCCGCGUCCUGGCCUCCGAGCCGGACAACGCGGAGGGCCUGCACAACUUUGCUCCGCUUGGCACCAUAACCUCCAGCAGCCCCACUGCCCAGCCGGCUGAGGUGCUACUCCAGGCCACGCCCCCUCACCGCCGGGCGCGCUCAGCGGCCUGGUCCUACAUCUUCCUGCCGGAGGAGGCCUGGUGUGACCUCACCAUCCACCUGCCGGCCGCCGUGCUGCUCAAAGAGGUCCACAUCCAGCCGCACCUAGCCUCGCUAGCCACCUGCCCGUCGUCGGUGUCUGUGGAGAUCAGCGCGGACGGCGUCAACAUGCUGCCGCUGUCCACGCCGGUCAUCACCAGCGGCCUGACCUACAUCAAGAUCCAGCUGGUGAAGGCGGAGGUGGCGUCGGCCGUGUGCCUGCGGCUGCACCGGCCGCGCGACGCCAGCACCCUCGGCCUGUCCCAGAUCAAGCUGCUCGGACUCACCGCCUUCGGCAACACCUCCUCCGCAACGGUCAACAAUCCCUUCCUGCCCUCCGAGGACCAGGUGUCCAAGACCAGUAUUGGCUGGCUGCGUCUGCUGCACCACUGCCUGACGCACGUGAGUGACCUGGAGGCCCUGAUGGCCAGCGCGGCCGCGCCCACCGCCAACCUGCUGCAGACGUGCGCCGCGCUGCUCAUGUCGCCCUACUGCGGCAUGCACUCGCCCAACAUCGAGGCCGUGCUGGUCAAGAUCGGCCUGCAGUCCACCACCAUCGGCCUCAAGCUCAUCGACAUCCUGCUGCGCAACUGCGCCGCCUCCGGCACGGACCCCAACAAUCUGAACAGCCCCCUGCUCUUCGGGAGGCUCAACGGCCUCUCGUCCGACUCCACCAUCGACAUCCUCUACCAGCUGGGCACCACCCAGGACCCUGGCACCAAAGACAGGGUCCAGGCGUUGCUGCAGUGGGUGCACGACUCGGCCCGCGUGGCGGCCAUGAAGAGGAGCGCGCCGCUGGGCUACAUGGGCCCGAGCGCCUCCUCGCCCCGCGAGUACGGCCUGCUCAUGCCCUCGCCCUCACACCUCCACUGCGUGGCGGCCAUCUUGUGGCACAGCUACGAGCUGCCAGUGGACUACGACCUGCCCGCGCUGCUCAACCGCGAGCUCUUUGAGCUGUUGUAUAACUGGUCCAUGUCGCUGGCCUGCAACAUGGUCCUGAAGAAGGCGGUGGACAGCCUGCUGUGCUCCAUGUGCCACAUCCACCCCAGCUACUUCUCCCUGCUCAUGUCCUGGAUGGGCAUUGUGCCCACGCCGGCCGCCCAGUCCCAGUCGCAGUCGCGCCACCGCCUCUCGCUCACCGACGACGGCAAGAAGCAGCACGACGCGGCGGCCGCCGCCACCAGCUCGGCGUCCGGCGGCGGGGGCCUGACGGACGACUCCAAGCACGCCCGCUCGCCGCCCGCCCUGUCCGAGUCGCAGCUGGCCACGCUGGCGGCCGCGUCGCAGUCGCCCGGCGCCAUCCAGCAGCUGCUGGACUCGGGGCUGCCCUCGCUCCUGGUGCGCAGCCUGGCCGGCCUCUGCUGCCACCUGCUGGCCAGCGCCGACCUCCCCUUGCCCGGCUCCGCCUCGUCCGCCGCCGCGGCCUCCGCGGCCUCCGCCUCGUCAUCGUCUUCGCCGUCCGAGCGACGGCAUCAGCAUCACCACCACCACAGCUAUCACAACCUCCCCUCCACCUCCUCUUCGUCAUCCUCCUCCUCCUCAUCGCCGCCGCCGGUGAGCCGCGCCACGCUCUCCCCGGAGCUGGCGGCGCCCGUGCUGCGCUUCCUGACGGAAGUGGGCAACAGCCACGCCAUGAAGGACUGGCUCGGCGGCCCGGAGGUCAACCCGCUGUGGACGGCGCUGCUCUUCCUGCUGUGCCACUCCAGUGCCAGCGCCGGGAGCAGCACCACCCCCUGCAACGUCAACAACAGCAGCAGCAGCAGCAACGGGCAGGCAGCAUGUGGGGCAUCGGCAUCUGCGGCCGGCGGGUCCACAGCCGGCCCCUCUUCAUCGCUCUCGUCCCCCUCUUCCUCGGCCGGCCCCUCUCUCCCCCCUCCCUCCUCCCCGGUGCAGGCGUCCGGCUCGCGCUACUCUCUGGGCACGGGCGGCCGGGCAGGCGGGCUCACCACGCAGCAGCGCACCAGCAUCGAGAACGCCACCGUGGCCUUCUUCCUGCAGUGCAUCUCCUGCCACCCCAACAACCAGCGCCUCAUGGCACAGGUCCUGUGUGAGCUGUUCCAGUCGGCCCCUCAGCGCGGGAACGUGCCCAUCUCUGGCAACAUCUCGGGCUUCAUCCGCAGGCUCUUCCUGCAGCUCAUGCUGGAGGACGAGAAGGUCACCGUCUUCCUGCAGUCGCCCUGUCCGCUGUAUAAGGGACGCAUUAAUGCCACCAGUCAUGUGAUCCAGCACCCCAUGUACGGGGCGGGGCACAAGUACCGCACCCUCCACCUGCCCAUCUCCACCACCCUGGCCGACGUCCUAGACCGAGUCUCAGACACUCCCAGCAUCACAGCCAAGCUGAUCAGUGAGCAGAAGGAGGACAAGGAGAAGAAGAACCACGAGGAGAAGGAGAAGAUGAAGGCCGACAACGGUUUCCAGGACAACUACAGUGUUGUCGUAGCCUCAGGCCUGAAGUCUCAGUCCAAGAGGGCCCUGUCCACCCCUCCACGGCCUCCGUCUCGACGAGGUCGGGUGAUGAGUGACAAGCUGUCUGCCUCCUCUGGCGUUGACCCUGCUGCCAAAACCGUCAGUGUGCCUGUCUUCCACCUCUACCACAAGCUGCUCCCAGGUCAACCUCUGCCUGGGGAGAUGACCCUGGCCCAGCUGCUGACCCUGCUGCACGAUCGCAAGCUGCCGCAGGGCUACCGCUCCAUCGACAUGACCGUCAAGCUGGGCUCCAAGCUCAUCGCUGACCCGGGCCUGUCCAAGACCGACUCCUUCAAGCGCCUACGCACAGAGAAAGAACACACUGAGAUGCUGAGCAGCUGUCCCGAGGACGAGCCCAUGACUCCGGGCGAGGAGUGUUUGGACGCCGCCAUCGACGAGUCCCUCCUGGAGACCAACCCCAUCCAGUCGCCCCUGCAGGUGUUCGCCGGCAUGGGGGGCCUGGCCCUGAUCGCCGAGAGGCUGCCCAUGCUCUACCCCGACGUCAUCCAGCAGGUGAGCGCCCCGGUCGUGGCCUCCAGCACCCAGGAGAAGCCCAAGGACAGCGACCAGUUUGAGUGGGUGACCAUCGAGCAGUCGGGCGAGCUGGUCUACGAGGCACCCGAGACCAUCGCCGCCGAGCCGCCGCCCAUCAAGUCGCCGGUGCAGACCAUGUCGCCCAUCCCGGCCCACUCGCUGGCCGCCUUCGGCCUCUUCCUGCGCCUGCCCGGCUACGCCGAGGUGCUGCUCAAGGAGCGCAAGCACGCCCAGUGCCUGCUGCGCCUCGUGCUGGGCGUCACGGACGACGGAGAGGGCAGCCAUAUCCUGCAGUCUCCCUCGGCCAACGUGUUGCCCACGCUGCCGUUCCACGUGCUGCGCGCCCUCUUCAGCUCCACGCCGCUGACCACGGACGACGGGCUGCUGCUGCGCCGCAUGGCCCUGGAGAUCGGCGCCAUCCACCUCAUCCUGGCCUGCCUGUCCGCCCUCAGCCACCACGCCCCGCGCGUGCCCACCACCAACGGCAACCAGAGCGAGCCGCAGGUGGUGUCGGGUCACGGUGGCGGCACCAGCGAGGAGCAGCAGCUGUACUGGGCCAAGGGCACGGGCUUCGGCACCGGCUCCACCGCCUCGGGCUGGGACGUGGAGCAGGCCCUCACCAAGCAGCGCCUGGAGGAGGAGCACGUCACCUGCCUACUGCAGGUUCUGGCCAGCUACAUCAAUCCAGCCGGCUGCCUGAACCACGGCGAGGCCCCCAGCAGUGAGAGCCGAGGCCACAACAGCGCCGCCCUCCCUUCGGUGCUGCAGGAGCUGCUCAGCCAGUCCUGCCUCAUCCCCGCCAUGUCCUCCUACCUGCGCAACGACUCCGUGCUGGACAUGGCUCGUCACGUGCCGCUGUACCGGGCGCUGCUGGAGCUGCUGCGGGCCAUCUCCACCUGCACGGCGCUGGUGCCGCUGCUGCUGCCGCUGUCGGGCGACCCGGGCCAGGAGGAGGACGAGGAGGAGCGCUCCGAGGGACAGACCUCGGUGGGCAUGCUGCUGGCCAAGAUGAAGACCUGCGUGGACACGUACACCAACCGCCUCAGGUCGAAAAAAGACAAGAGCAAAGGAGUGGUGAAGGCCGAGCCAUCGGACCCCGAGCCGGAGGGCCUGACCCUACUGGUGCCCGACAUCCAGAGGACGGCCGAGAUCGUCUACGCCGCCACCACCAGCCUGCGGCAGGCCAACCAAGAAAAGAAGCUGGCCGAGUCCUCCAAGAAGACGUCCACCAGGCCCAAGCCCAUGUCCAUCCUGCGCUCUCUGGAGGAGAAGUAUGUGGCGGCCAUGAAGAAGCUCCAGUUUGACACAUUUGAGAUGGUGUCGGAGGACGAGGACGGCAAGCUGGUGUUUAAGGUGAACUACCACUACAUGUCUCAGGUGAAGAAUGCCAGCGAUGCCAACAGUGCCGCGCGGGCACGCCGGCUGGCCCAGGAGGCCGUCACCCUGUCCACCUCACUGCCCCUCUCCUCCUCCUCCUCAGUCUUCGUCCGCUGCGACGAGGAGCGCCUCGACAUCAUGAAGGUCCUGAUUACUGGUCCGGCAGACACCCCAUAUGCAAACGGCUGCUUUGAGUUUGACGUGUACUUCCCCCAGGACUACCCCAACUCCCCCCCUCUGGUCAACCUGGAGACCACCGGAGGCCACAGCGUGCGCUUUAACCCCAACCUCUACAACGACGGCAAAGUGUGUUUAAGUAUCCUGAACACUUGGCAUGGUCGACCAGAGGAGAAGUGGAACCCACAAACCUCUAGCUUUUUACAGGUGCUAGUGUCUGUUCAGUCUCUGAUCCUGGUGGCAGAGCCGUACUUUAACGAGCCUGGCUACGAGCGCUCGAGGGGAACGCCCAGCGGCACGCAAAGCUCCCGCGAGUACGACGGAAACAUCCGGCAAGCCACCGUCAAGUGGGCCAUGCUGGAACAGAUGAGGAACCCCUCUCCCUGCUUCAAGGAGGUGAUCCAUAAGCACUUUUACCUGAAGCGUGCCGAGAUCAUGGCCCAGUGCGAGGAGUGGAUCACAGACAUCCAGCAGUACAGCAGCGACAAGAGAGUGGGCCGUACCAUGUCCCACCACGCUGCAGCUCUCAAGAGGCACACAGCCCAGCUGAGGGAGGAACUGCUGAAGCUGCCCUGCCCAGACGGCCUGGAGCCAGACGGGGAGGAGUUCUCCGACAAAACCUCUGCCCUCAUGGUCAAGGAGCUACCCAAUCAGGACGGAGAGAAGCCGGGCGGCAGCCAGGACGCUCACUGCAGCGAGGGACAGCUAUGAGGCUCUCGAUCUCGAAAGCCUCUUCCGUCGGUGCCCAGCCCAGCCCCGCCGCCCUACCCUUGCCCAUUCUUCCUCCUCCUCCUCUUCCUCCUCACACGACUAUUACCAUUGAUAUUAAAUAGACUGUUCAUGGCAGUGAAAGCCUGGAUUUUGUCAAUAUUUGUAUGUAAGAAUCUAAUUAUGUAAUAGCUGAAAAAAAAAACCCACAGAGGACGACCUGCAAAGCAUCCAAGCUGAGACCAGAGGAAAAAAAAAAAAAAAAAAACACAAUCCGCUUCUAAACCCCCUCGGAGAUGACACAGAACUAUGCUUCAGUAUCCCCGUUCAAGAAAAAGAAAAGAAAAAACAAGACAUCACAAACAAACAAGCUUUUAUUUACGUGUAAAAGAGUGUAAACUUUUAUGUGUUUUUUUUUUUGUUUUGUUUCUUUAUUUUUUGUUUUGUUUUUUCAAUUGUGAAAUAACCACUGACUGGUAUGUUAUUAAACUUGUUUAUGUAUACAUAAUGACAGAGGAAAUCAGAGUAUAUGAGGGAACUACCUUUAGAUGAGAAUGUUUACUGAAUGUUCAUUUCCAUUUGUUUUAUUGUUUUCUUUCUUUUUCUUUUCUUCUUUUUUCCUUUUUGUUUUGUUUUCCUGACUGUUAGCAAGGACGGUAACCAAGGAUAUAUUGGUCAUUUGCGAUACUAUUUAAAAAAGAAAAAAAAGAAAAAAAGGAAGAUCUAUAAAACACACACCCAACACUUCCUCUCCCCUCAGACGUUUGAGGAUUCUUCUGAUUUCCCCAUUGACAUCGCUUAUUUGGUUUAUACAGAAAACCUGUAAACUUCAAUAAAGGCUGAAAUGGAUAUUCUUAACCGCUAUGAUCACUUGUCGCCCUCUCACUUGCUGGUAAGAGACCAGCGCCAUGCUUUAACUCCCCUUUUUAAUUGCUCACUAACUUUCAAUGCAAGUUUAAUAAAUGCAAUCUAUUCUACUUUGCACACA